GCACCUGGAAGACUCCAGUGAGAAUUGGAGUGUGACAAGUUAGCAGAGGAAAGGAGUUGUUGUUUCCAUUCCAUGGAUCCCUUGGGUGCCCCUUCCCAGUUUGUGGAUGUUGACAGUCUGCCAGGCUGGGCUGAUGCCUAUGAGGCUAAGCAGCUGGACUUUCACCAAAAUCCUGUUGAAAAAGCUCAACUUGAUGUUAGGUCACCUUUUCCAUACAGGAAAGACAUCAAUGCAAAAAUAAUCUUAUGGAAAGGAAAUGUAGCGUUACUGAACUGCACAGCCAUAGUAAAUACCAGUAAUGAGUCUCUCACUGAUAAGAAUCCAGUAUCUGAAAGUAUAUUCAUGCAUGCUGGGCCUGACCUGAGGGAUGAACUGCAGAAGCUCAAAGGGUGCAGGACAGGCGAGGCUAAACUCACCAAAGGAUUUAAUUUGGCUGCACGUUUCAUCAUUCACACAGUGGGACCCAAAUACAAAAGCCGGUAUCGCACAGCAGCUGAGAGUUCUCUGUACAGCUGUUACCGCAAUGUUCUGCAGCUCGCAAAGGAACAGGCAAUGUGCUCUGUAGGAUUUUGCGUCAUUAACUCCCUGAAAAGAUGCUAUCCCUUGGAGGAUGCAACCCAUAUAGCACUGCGCACAGUUAGAAGGUUCUUGGAGAUUCAUGGAGACACACUGGAGAAGGUGGUGUUUGCAGUCUCUGAGCUUGAGGAGGCCACUUACCAGAAGUUGCUGCCUCUGUAUUUUCCAAGAUCAUUGGAAGAAGAGAUACAAUCCUUGCCUUACCUCCCUGCAGAUAUUGGCAAUGCAGAAGGAGAGCCUGUAGUACCAGAGCGGCAGAUCAGGAUUACUGAAAAGCCGGGUGUUCCAGACGAUGCUUCAGAUGAAGAGGGUCUGGAGGCAGAUUUGUCUUUCAUUGGUUCCCAUGCUUUUGCCCGCAUGGAGGGAGACGUUGAUAAACAGAGGCGCCUCAUCCUUCAGGGACAGUUGUCAGAGGCAGCACUGCAAAAACAGCAUCAGAGGAAUUAUAAUCGCUGGCUGUGUCAGGCAAGAGCUGAAGACCUUUCCGAUAUUGCUUCUCUUAAAGCCUUGUACCAGACAGGUGUAGAUAACUGUGGCCGCACAGUGAUGGUGGUGGUUGGAAGGAAUAUCCCUGUAACAUUGAUAGACAUGGAAAAGGCUCUUCUGUAUUUCAUCCACGUCAUGGAUCAUAUUGCAGCCAAGGAAUAUGUCCUGGUGUACUUCCAUACGCUCACAAAUGAUUACAAUCAACUAGACUCUAAUUUCUUGAAGAAACUCUAUGAUGUUGUUGAUGCCAAGUACAAGAGGAACUUGAAGGCACUGUAUUUUGUCCACCCAACAUUUCGUUCAAAGGUCUCGGCAUGGUUUUUCACAACCUUUACAGUCUCAGGGCUAAAGGACAAAAUCCACUAUGUGGAAAGCCUUCAGCAGUUAUUCACAGCCAUACCCCCAGAACAGAUUGAUCUCCCCCCUUUCGUCCUCGAGUAUGAUGCCAGGGAAAAUGGGCCUUACUAUUCUUCUUAUCCUCCGUCCCCUGACUUGUGAUCUGCAGUCCUGCGAUGCUGCUGGUUUCCCAUGGAUCCAAUGACCUGAUGCCUGCCAAAACCUGUGCAUUUGCCCAUGUACAGAACUCAGAGAGAGGGUUUUCCUCCCCCAGCUCUGGUAUUUUUUUACUGAUAAGAUAUUUUCAAGCACUCAAGCAAUCAGAGAACUUUAUGCCACUGUGAACUGUACAACUAUUUCAAAUAUAUUUAUCCAAUGGAAAA